UGGUCGUCCUGCUCGCUUGGCCAGACUGAAUUGUUAGUGAAAUAUAUUUAUUUAAUAUCUCAGCUUCAAUUUAGCCACAUCCCAGUUCUCCUGGAGUCGGGGUCAGUGUGGUGUGUGUUGGUGUGUGUUCUGUCACGCUGCUGGAUGUUCAGGGUGUGUGUUCCCAUUCGGCCAGAUGUUGGUUUGGAGGUGUGUAUUAUUGCUGGCUUUGCUGUCAGAUCCAGGUUGUUAAGCACCUCGACUGGUCUCUGUUGGAUUCGAUUCCAUGAUGCAUCACGAUGCACAGCUGUGUGUCGCUGUGUGUCGCUGUGUGUCGCUGUGUGUCGCUGUGUGUCGCUGUGUGUCGCUGCGUGUCGCUGCGUGUCGCUGUGUCGCUCCGUGAGGCAUCACAGAAACCACUACAUUCACCAGGCCGUCUGUAAAAUCUGCAGUCCUUCUCAUUUCCUGCUUAUUUCUUUAUUGGUUGCUUAACGUGUUGCUUUGCUUUCCCGUCCCCAAAGAAAAGCUGAGCGGGGGGAUAGAUGUGAAAGCCCACUUUUCUUCAUGCUCUAACAGAUAGCUUUUGGUGCUUCCGCCAGUGAAAUGUGACCCGACCAGCCUGUUGGAAAGGUGGUGAAAACGUGGCGACUUUGUGAAAGCUGCCUUUAUGACAUGACAAAUGAACCUGGUUUUGCUCUGUAAUAGUUUAUCUCUGCUUUCCACCUCAGCCUGGCUGUUUGCAGACAGUAAUUCACACGUGACUCCCACCUUUUCUUUGACGCUCAGUUCAUCACUCUCCAUCGCCAGAGGGACCCAUUUCAUAUUUGGAUCGGUGGCCGGCGCUGCUGCAGUGACAGCUCUCCGCUUGGCUCACAUCGGGAAUCAGGCGCUGAUCGCCCUCCGGCAGCUCGCUACUCUCGUGACCUUGGUUGUCGGCGGCCAGCGGCCCGGCGGCGGGUUGACGGCGGCCUCCACGCCGCGCCCGGCCCUCCUGAGCCUUCUCAACAAGCAGCGGGGGUCGACUGUGGGCUCCUACAGGAUCAUGUAUCACCAGCACUCCCAGCAGCAGGGGCAGCAGCCGUUCCCCGGCGGACCCAGGCCUCACCAGCCGCCCCCCAGCCACGCCCCCGGCCACGCCCCCGGCCACCCCAGCAUGCAGCGGAUGGGUUUUCCCUUUCCCCGUCCCACUCAGCUCCCCGACGAGCUGGAGUCUGCUCUGUCUGCACGGGGCGUCCGGGACAUGGACCACCGCCAGAUGGAUCAUAUGAACCGACCGAACCAGCACCAGAACCAAGGCCCGCCUCCCAGGAUGAACCAGCAGGGAAGCUAUGGUUCCGGCGCCAUGCCUCUGCCCGCUGACAACCCGCCUGCUCACCAGCAAGGAGUGGACUGGUCCAACUUCCAACCGCCAGCCAAACUUUUUGCUGGUCCUCCACCAAGCGUCGGCCUCCAGUCUCAACAGCAUCACGGGCCGUUACAGCAGCCCCCGAACAUUCAGGCAGGGCUGCCGGUCCAAAACUGGCCCCCCCCUAUGAGCGACUCUCCGUUGGCCCAGACCCGACACCCUCACGCCGGCGGAGAGGGUCAGAACUUGUACACGCCAGAGAGUGCAGGAAGCAUCUUGGCAAGUUUUGGACUUUCAAACGAGGACUUAGAGGUGCUGAGUCACUACCCUGACGACCAGCUGACUCCAGAUACUCUACCUUUCAUUCUGCGUGACAUCCAGAUCAAUAAGUCCAGCAACCAGAACCCGGCGGCUUCCUCCUCCGCACCCAUGUUUUCUCGCUCCAUCCAUGAUAUGCCGCUGCGUCCGUCCAGCUCGUCUCCGCUGGUGUCCCCGGAGGUGCCCAGUUUCCUGACGGUGACGCAGACAGCAGGGAAAGUCAUAGACUAUGGGCAUGCUAGCCGAGUGAAAGACGGAGGACAGACUUUCAAAAGAGAGCCGCUCUCCAGUGAAAGAACGGUGAAGAUGUACCCCGCCUCGUCGUCCAGGUCGUCCGCUCCAAAAGCAGAGAAAACAGAAAGACGUCAGCUUCGUUUGGAAGCCUCUGGCCCAGCCAAGCGUGGAGACCGGGACUACCGCCGAUCCAGUGGCGAUCCGCGCCAGAGCGCAGAAUUUCGGACGUCGCCAAAAUCCCGCCAUCAAGACCGGGACUACCGGUGUGACCGGACUAAAGCACGGCCUCCGUCCGAAAGCAGGAGCGAGGCUUCGUCCAGGAGGUCUCUCUCGUCGUCGUCUGGCUCUAAACCUCGCCGUGGAAGCACGAAGCUCCCCAGCCCGACCAUGAUCAGUGAUUUCUCAGCUGAGUCUCCAAAGGUGUAUCCUCAUACCUGCUCCCUGUGCAGCAUACAGUGUGAUCAGGAACAGGACUGGCUGGAACAUGUUAACACUGUCAGCCACACGGCGUCCUGCAGAGACCUGCGAAACCAGUAUCCCAACUGGAGACCAGACGCACCGAGUCGGGGCAGGCAGCAUGGCAGCAGAGCUCCGUGGGAUCCCAGAGAGCGCGCUCUGUCCUUCUCCAGGUCUCCGUCUCCCGGGGACGGCCGGGUCUACAGGCCUCGCGUCCGCCCGGGCUCCCCCCACCGCCACCCUCGGCAGUACCUCUACCCAGAGCGGCGGCACCACACCCAGCGGCGCUCCCGCUCCCGCUCCCGCUCCCGCAGCCCCCCUGCUGUUCACAGGUCGUCCUCCAGGGAGCGCUGGCUGCAGAGGACCAGGCUGUCGGCAGUCGGUCUGUCUCACGGCGGGCUGAAGCGUCCUCACGAGGACUGGUCUCCAUCCGCUCGCAGCUCCAAACACCCCCCCACCAAAUCCUCCAAGGCCGGGACCAAGUCUGGAACCAAGACGGCGGUCAAAGGUCCUCCGGCCAAGAAGAAGAAGGUGGUGCCUCCGGCCCCCGAGGACCCCCUGGUGUCCGACCGCCUGGUGUUCCUGACGGGGAUCCCCGAAGACGCCUCCGAACAGGAAGUCACUGACCUGGUCUGCUCCUUUGGAAAGAUCAACAACGUGAUGCUGAUCCCCAGCUGCGAGGAGGAGAGCCAGGAGGCCCCGGGGCAGAAGGCGUCGGUGUGCAUGCUGAAGGCGGAGGACGCCCGGGCCCUCUGCGCCUGCUCGGCCCUGUCCAUCCGGGACCAGACCAUCACGGCGUCCGCAGCCCAGAAGCCCGAAGCGGAGCAGCCGUCCGACGCCGACAGCAGGAACCCGGAGGCGGACGAUGGAGCGCCCGGGAGCCAGUCCGUCAAGGCCGACGAGAAGACUGCCAUGAAGAGCACGGUGCUGGUCUCAGGUCUGCCGGACGGCGGCUGCUCGCAGAGCGACGUGCUGGCGCUGUUCCCGGGCCUGGAGCGUGGCUGCGACGUCCUCCUGGUGCCUCCCCUGGGGAAGGCGGUGGUGGCGGUGUCCGAUGUGGAGAGGGUUCAGGAGAUGAUCAACAAUCACAGCGUCACGCCGGCCAGGGUCAAAGAUUCUGAAGUGAAGCUUGUCCUGAUCCAGCAGAACGUCGGCCUCAGCACGCCGGUCGGUCUCUAUAACCUGCUGAUGGGAGCAGCUCAUCCAGCUGACAGUCCGGUCCGGGUGGGCUGGAGCCGCCUGCUGGUGAUCCGGAAUGUCCCCGACAGCCCGGCGGGGUCCAGUCAAGUGCUGACGCUGGUGCGGCGCUUCGGCACGGUCAUCAAAUCCCUGGUGCUCAGCGGCAUGGUCAUCUGUGAGAUGGCGACCGCGGCCACGGCGCUGUCCGUGUACAAACGCUUCCGGAGUUUUCCCUGCAUCAUCCACAGGAACCCGCUGUCCUUCUCCCGCAAGCCCGACCCCAAACCCACCAAGCAGCCCAAAGUAGCAGCUGCGUCUCAGCAGCCUCCGCAGGAUACUCCUGCACACAGCCAGCCAGCAGCCGCCGCCGAGGAGGACAUGCCGCCUGAGGAGCCUCCGCCGGACGCUCUGCAGAACGUCCGAGGUUUGAGCGAGAAGGAACCGAGCACAGAGGGUGUGGCUGAAGACGAGGCGCCGGGAGGAGUCGUGGACAAGGACGGUGGGGGGGGGGCCGGCUCAGCUGGGCCUGAAGCGUCAGAGGGCGGGGGAGCAGCCGCAGAGGGCGGGGGAGCAGCCGCAGAGGGCGGGGGAACAGCCGCAGAGGGCGGGGUAACAGCCGCAGAGGGCGGGAAGGUGGAGGAGCCACCGCAGAGGGCGGGGGAACAGCCGCAGAGGGCGGGGGAGCAGCCGCAGAGGGCGGAGGAACAGCCGCAGAGGGCGGGGUAA